CUGUCUGACAUCCACAUGCUGCUCUGCCUGAAAAGGCUGCGAGGAAGCCGAGGCGGAGGCAAAGAAAGGGAAGAGCCGCCAACCCCGCACCAGCGUCCGCACAGCUUCAGUCGAGACCCCACGCGUCGGAGGAAGGAGGCGGCGGCGGCGGCGACAGAGCACCACUCGAGGAGUCGUUCGCGGCGCCGCAUCCGGAAAACGCCUCUGGCGUGAAGCUGACCGGCAGCCGCCUUGAGAGCGCGAACUGGCAGCGUGUUGGGAUCAGGGAGGGGGGGAAGCAGCCGGGCGCCGCGGGCUGGGAAAUCACCACCACCCUUCGCCGGGAGCGCCCUGCGUUGCGCUCUCGCUCUCCGCCGCCAGGCUCGGGCGAGGACUGUGAGGAGGGGGGGGGUGCGCGGCUGGUUGGGUGCGAUGCCAAGGCGGCCCGUUUUUUGUUUUUUUUUCGUGUUUUUUUUCGGCGGCUUUGCGGAGAACCUCGCCGGUGAUGCGGCGCUGAAGGCAACGGGGCUCUGAAGAACGGGGCUCUCUCGCGUGCUCUGGCUGUACGUGUGUGCGCGGUUCUCCUCCUGCGCCGUGUGUCGCCGGCUGUGCGCGCCUCAGCAGGGCUGCCGGGCGCUUCUUCUUUUUUUUUUUUCCUGCUGAAACGUCAGGAGUUCCCUCCAGCUCGGCGAUCUUUUGGGGAAGUGGGUUUAUUGCGGAGCCGAAGGGGUGGAAGCCCCGGGACGGAUUUGAAACCUCGGCAGAGGAAAUUCUGGGACGGAAUCCGCGUCGUCUCGGAGACUUGCGAAAGAAAAAUCCCGCUCUCCCUCACCCAGCGCGGCUUGGGAGGAAUCGCUCUUUUUUUUUUCCCCCAUCAAGGGUUUCUCCAUCCUUCCCCGAAAUGGAUACAGUUCCUCUGCUCUGGGGAUUUCUCCUCCUUCGUUUGGCCGGAUCGGGAGUUUUGGGGCAAGCAGUAGCUCAGCCAUGCGGGGGCCGCUUGAAUUCCAAAGAUGCUGGCUACAUCACUUCACCCGGCUAUCCACAAGACUACCCAUCCCAUCAGAACUGUGAGUGGAUCAUUUAUGCCCCAGAACCCAAUCAGAAGAUCACCCUCAACUUCAACCCUCACUUUGAAAUUGAGAAACACGAUUGCAAGUAUGAUUUUAUUGAAAUACGGGACGGGGAUAAUGAAAAUGCAGAUCUUCUGGGAAAACACUGUGGAAACAUUGCUCCACCUACUAUCACAUCAUCCGGCCCUUCUGUGUAUAUCAAAUUCACCUCAGACUAUGCCCGUCAAGGUGCUGGCUUCUCUCUGCGUUAUGAGAUCUACAAGACUGGCUCUGAAGAUUGUUCUAGAAACUUCACCAGUUCAAACGGCACCAUUGAAUCCCCAGGCUUCCCCGAUAAGUAUCCACACAAUUUGGACUGCGCCUUCACAAUCAUGGCCAAGCCGAAAAUGGAGAUUGUCCUUCAGUUUUUAACAUUUGACCUAGAGCAUGACCCUCUGCAAGUCGGGGAGGGAGAUUGUAAAUAUGAUUGGCUGGACAUCUGGGAUGGUAUUCCUCAAGUUGGACCCUUGAUUGGCAGGUACUGUGGCACUAAAACUCUUUCAGAGAUCCACUCAACUACUGGCAUCUUAUCCCUCACAUUCCACACAGAUUUGGCUGUGGCUAAAGAUGGCUUUUCUGCUCGCUAUUAUUUGGUCCAGCAGGAGGCACCAGAGAACUUCCAGUGCAACAGUCCACUGGGAAUGGAAUCUGGCCGGAUCUCCAAUGAGCAAAUCACAGCUUCCUCUACAUACUCUGAUGGCAGGUGGACUCCGCAACAGAGCCGACUCAACAGUGAUGAUAAUGGGUGGACUCCUAAUGUGGAUAGCAAUAAAGAGUUCCUGCAGGUGGAUCUUCGCUUUCUGACAGUGCUCACAGCCAUUGCUACUCAGGGCGCCAUUUCCAGAGAAACACAAAAUGGAUACUAUGUUCGCUCAUACAAACUGGAGGUCAGCACAAAUGGAGAAGACUGGAUGAUGUACCGGCAUGGCAAAAAUCACAAAGUAUUUCAGGCAAACACUGAUGCUUCCGAAGUGGUUCUGAACAAAAUCCAUGCUCCAGUGCUGACUCGGUUUGUGCGGAUCCGUCCCCAGGUUUGGCAUAGUGGAAUCGCUCUUCGACUGGAGCUCUACGGCUGCCGAAUUACAGAUUCACCCUGUUCCAGUAUGUUGGGGAUGCUUUCAGGACUUAUCCCAGACUCUCAGAUCUCAGCUUCUUCUACCAGAGAAUAUCACUGGGUUCCUAGUGUGGCACGCCUAGUCAGCAGCCGCUCAGGAUGGUUCCCACGCAUCCCUCAAGCCCAGCCUAGUGAGGAGUGGCUGCAGGUAGAUCUGGGCCUCCCGAAGAAUGUGAAAGGAGUGAUUAUCCAAGGAGCCCGAGGUGGAGACAGCAUCAAUGUGGCGGAGGCCCGAGCUUUUGUGAAGAAGUUUAAAGUGGCCUACAGCAUGGAUGGGAAAGACUGGCAUUCAAUACAAGAUCCCCGGACCAUGCAGCCAAAGAUAUUUGAAGGAAAUAUGCAUUACGACACCCCUGAAGUUAGAAGAUUUGAUCCUGUUCCUGCACAGUUCAUCAGAGUUUACCCAGAAAGAUGGUCUCCAGCAGGGAUCGGGAUGCGAUUAGAAGUCCUUGGGUGUGACUGGACUGAUGUGAAGUCCACUGCAGAGACACUGAAGCCCACAUUGAAGAGUGAGGAGCUGACCACUCAGUUUUCCACUGAUGAAGAAGCAACAGAUUGUGGUGAUAGUUGUGUGGAGAAUGGAGAUUUCCAGAUCCCACUAGGAUUCAAUUGCAACUUUGAUCUUCCUGAAGAUUUUUGUGGUUGGACACAUGACACAUCUACAGGAUUUACAUGGGCCUUUCAUUCUAGAAAUACCUGGACUAGCCAUUUAGAACCAGGCAUCGGGGUCUACCCAGCAGAUGGCAAGAGUUAUUUGAGGUUGCAAAGCAGCGCAAGAAGAGAAGGACAACAUGCUCGGCUGAUCAGUCCCACUGUCUUCUUGCCCAGGAGUGCUGUGUGCCUGAUGUUUUGGUACCAGGUCUCUGGAGGGACUGGGACUAUGCUGCAGGUGUGGCGGGAGGCAACGCAUGAAAACAAACCACUGUGGAUCAUCAGGGAAGAUCAAGGGGAGGAGUGGAGAGAAGGCCGGAUUCUUCUGCCUAGUUAUGAUACAGAAUAUCAGAUUGUAUUUGAAGGCACCAUAAACAAUGGGCAUUCAGGAGACAUUGCCAUUGAUGAUGUCCGAAUAGGCACUGAUACUUCUUUGGAGAACUGCAUGGAACCCAUUGCAGCUUUCCCUGGAGAACACACAUUUGAAAUUUCAGUGGAUUUCCCAGCAUUAGAGGAUGAGAUUUCAAUUCAUGGGGAGGACUUUGGAGAAGACGCUGAAGAUGAUGCCAUUAACCUGGACAGAAACCACACCACGCUUUCUACAAAUUCCCCACUGACUCCACUGGUGGACACAGAGAAGAGCUGGCUAUAUACUCUGGACCCCAUCCUGGUUACCAUCAUAGCCAUGAGUUCUUUAGGAGUCCUUCUAGGGGCAAUUUGUGCUGGGCUACUACUGUACUGCACCUGUUACUACACUAGCCUCUCUUCCCGGAGCUCUACCACUCUAGAGAAUUAUAACUUUGAGCUUUAUGAUGGCAUCAAACACAAGGUCAAAAUGAACCACCAAAAGUGUUGCUCUGAGGCAUGACUGAUUGCACUGAAAUCACAUUUGACAUUUCAUUCCAGCAGUAGUGGCUGGGGAAGAUUACUUUUUCUAUGGAAACUGAAUGCCAUAAUUUUACACAAGCCCAUGCUGGAAUGCUGAAGGGGUGGGGGGUUGCUGUUGUUUAGAAGAAAAAGAAGAAGAAAGCAGCAGCAGGAAGAAAGUUGGAAGAGGAUUACCAGUUGUAAGAAAUGUGGGUAAUUGCUCUUGCAGGAAGAACUGGGUAGACUCAAACAAAGCAGCCGCCAUGCUCUCCGUUUUAUUUCUUCUAUGAGCCAAUCGUAUCUGUAGAAGGCAAAAGAUCCACCUGGUUUUGAGGAAGCCAGGGACAUUAUAUGUAUAAUUAUUUGCCACUUCCUUCUUCAGAUGAGAUUGCUAAAUGGCGCCCUCCCCUUCCCCUUUCUAGUCUUAGGAAUUAUAAACUCACGCUUGCUCGCACACACAGGUACCUGCAUGCCCCAGCCAGUAGAUCACCUGUCAGAAAUGGUGCUUGAUUGAAAGGGACUGUCUCAGUGCUGUGGGUGGUAAAACAAAUCCAGGAAGCUGCAGCCGCUUCCAACACCCCCAUCUCUCCCACCCCACCAAUGAAACCGUGUGGCUCCCUUUCACCAAUCGGAAAAGGAGUGGCAGGGAUUGGGGAUGUGGGGGGGAGGGGAGGAUUUGGCUCAUGGAUCACCAGGAAAAACACUUUCUUCCUGGAUUACCAAGCAAAAGAAACAGGCAGCCUGAGGUGUGAAAGUUGACAGAAGCACCUCCUCCAGAGAAGCUGAAGAGCCUUAAAGUGAUUUGUGAAAAAGAGCCAUUUAUUAAAUCCAGAUCUUGGACUGAAACAGCAGAGGCCUUCAUCACAAGGGCUCUUUCUCCUCCUUUUCUUUCUGCCCUCUUUUUUUAAUCUUGUUGGGUUUUUUUAGUGUAAAAACAUUGCCGCAAACAAAAGACACAAUUAUAAGGUGCCCAAGAACUCAGGAGAUGGCUUUUUAUAUAUUUCAAGAGGAAGACAGGCUGCUAGGUAGAUAGAUAGAUAAAUAUAUUUUAUUAAUGCUGUGUCCACUCUGAUGGGGAAAAAAAGUAUUAAAAGGCUCGUGGAAUAAAUGCAGUUAUUCAGCCCAUCACACAGAGUGGCGAUGAUACCUCUAACUGGCAGAUAUGAUUUAAUGUCACCAUUAGCCAAUAAGAAGGACUUAAUUUUUCUGCAAAGGAUUCUAAACUAAUAUAGCCUUUGAGCAGAUUCAUAAUUGUGGUGCUGUCUGGCAAAGGCAUCGGUCCUUCACAGAUUCAGGUCCUUUUGGGAGGACCCAGCCAUUGGAAAUCUAAGGUUAUGGCAAAAUUGCAGGGUAUCAAGGUUAAGCUGAUAUUCUAGUAUGGAUGUCGCAUAAAUGGAUCUGGAGCAAUCUUCUAUCACCUUCUUCUUCCUUCAGAAAAAUGCAACUUGCUUGUUGUGGUUUGCAUAGCAACUUGUUUAUUUUUGAAGGGCUUUCUGUGAAUAUGUAUUUGACUUUUUUUAAUAAAGUGCCUUAGAAAAAUAUUUUUCCCUUAGAGAUGUGUGAUGUAACAAAUUACAACUGAGGCAUUCAACAUUUCUCCUUAUCCCUCUUUCUCCUUCACUUCUUCAUUGCCAUCAGAUCUCUACUGGGUAGAGUUUUGUCCUUUCAGAUAGUCAAAUAUAUAUAACUAAUGUUUUCAUGUGUGCUGUGCCAUGCUUGAAAUGUCUUGCAGACCAGUUUACAGUAUCAACUUUCAAUUUCCAAUGCCUUUUGUUCAGCUCUUGGCAGCAAUCUUCAAGCCACAGGGUGUUUUGUUUUGUUUUGUUUUUUGUUUUUUUUAAAAAAAUCACAGUGACUGAGGUGGAACAUUUUCUAAAUUAGCAGAUUGGAUAUGCAGGUUUUUUUUAAAUGUGGUAAUUUGAGGAAUGACACCUCAUAGCUUAGUAUGAUAGUUUGAUAUUCAAUGAUAAUGCUAUGAUGCUGAUAUAGCUUCAUCUUUGUGAUGUUGUGCUGGCUAAGCUCUUUUCUAGGAAUGUACCUAAUUGUCAGUAAUUGUUAAAGACAUUUCACCUGUUACACUUCGCAGGAAUGCAUUUCUAAACUGCUACUUGUGAAUGUAAUGGUACAUCUUUGGGUACACAUGUGUCAUAUAUGUACACAUGUAUAGAAACGAGGGUUUGCAGCAGCUAUCCUACAUAUAGAGGAUCUCCUGUCAUGCAGUCUAUGAAAUGCUCCUCUGAACAGUUUUAUAUGCAUGCUUACCAAGCUGAAUGUCUAGAACGUUUGGUGUAUGUGGUAAUAACCACCUGUGUGCAAGGAUAUGAACAAGGCACUUACUUUCACUUUAACACACUGAAGUCACAAUUCUGUGCAGGUCUAGGUGUGCUUAGUGCAGCUGAUUUUGGUGCAUUUCAUUCUGUGAUACAUUAGGAUGUUAAAGCAUUGAUUUUUACACUAAUUUCUCUGUUCCGCAGAAGACCUGCAGGAGCGACUCAUUGAAAAAAAUGGUAGUCCUUGACUUAUUAUCACAAUUGGGACCAGAAUUUCCAGUGCUAAGCAAGGUGAUUAUUAAGUGAGUCACAUCAGAUUUUGCUACUUUUUAUGCCACAGUUGUUAAGCAAAUCCGGCUUCUCCCAUUUGCUUAUCAAAAGCUGGCUGGGAAGGUCGCAAAUGGCAACCCCAGGACUCUUCAGCCAUUGCUGAAGUAUAUGCCAGUUGUCAAUCCCUUGGAUUUUGAUCACAUGACUGUGGAAAUGCUGCAACGGUCAUUUUUUUCAGUGCCAUUGUAACUUUGAACAGUCAAUAAAUGAAUAGUUGUAAAUUGAGGACUGCCUAUAAAUAUAUGUCCUUGAAAACUAGCAUGGGCAAGAUGCCAUCCAUCAUUCCUAAAAUGAAUAGCCACAUCGAGAGUUUUGGAACAUCCAUUGUUCACACAGAGCAAACAGCUGGCUAGCCGGUGGCUCAUGUCCUCGAGAAUACUUUGAUAUGUGCUCCCAAUUCUGUGUAAGAGUUUAGUUUUUUGCCUGGGUUUCCAUAGCAUAAGUCAGCAUAGAGAAAGUACCCUGGUAGCAGGACAUUUCAAAAGCACUGCCUUAAAAGCAGCCUUGCUCUAACAGAAUAAUGACUGUAUCUAUCCAGGUAUACCAUAUACAAAUACACUUCAGCUCACCCUCAACCGAAGUACCAUAUAGAGUGGGAUCAUCCAAUUUUACAGGGGCUCCUUCGGCAGAACUGAUUAUUGCUACCAAUGUUGAAGAAAGGUCCACAAGCCAGCUAAGGCUUAUCACUGGAGCACUCCAUGGUUUUCAGUGGAAGAAUAAAGCAUAGUUGGAUGGGGUCCCAUCCAUAUUUCUCUUAUACUUGUAUGGUGGAUGAAGGAAGACCUCAGAGAUGAUAUAGAUAUAUUAAAAGGUAGUGUUGCUGUCUGUAGUAGACAUACAGAGAGUGAGAGUUCGUGUAUACAUAUAUUACAAUGUAUAUGUGUUUGCGCGUGCUUGUGAGUUCUCUGUAUGUAUUAUAUAUGUGAGUGGCUAUGUGGGGUUUCUUGUAUCUUUAAUGGAGGCAGAGGAUGCUGCUGCCCUCAGCAUAGGUUCAACUGGGAGGGCAGAGCAAAUGGCAUGCAAUUGAAGAGUCCCACACACUUUGUAUUCCAUGUUGGCAGGUACAGGGGCUUUGUUGUGUGUGCACUCAGUGAACAAGAAUCCGGCCAUAUGGCUGCAUAGCUGAUACCUCACCUACCUCCGUGCUGGGUGCUUUAUUGUUCUAAUGCAGAAAAUGGUGUUUGAUUGUAUUUUUCAUAGGGUGAAAGGAAAAAAAAGAAAAAGAAAAGAAAUGGUGCAUAUUUUCAUGUCAGUAUGUUGUCAUCUGCAAAUGUAUGUUGUGCUUGAUGAUCCAUGUUCUUUAGUAACCUCCCUCUUUUCCAAAUGGACAAAGAAAUGCAGCCUAGUGUUACCAAUGCCUUUGCUGAAAUAUUGCUUGCCCUCUCUCUCCCUCCCUCCCUGCCUGCCUGCCUGCCUGCCUGCCUCCCUGCCUCCCAUGGUCAGCUUCACCAUGGCCAGUAGGAGAGCUGCAGGAUAAUUGGUCUUUGCUUUCUAGGGAGAUGUCUAGGGAGUAAGGAGGGGGAGGAAAUGCAGGAAACGGGAUUUUGCAUAUCUUACCAGCUCAAAGUAGUUUGACUAUUUUACUGGCUGUGCCAGAUCAUGUGGACUUUAAAGCUUUUACUGUGAUUCUUCAGUGUUUAAAGAAAAACUCAAACUGUGUUUCUAUGAUUUGUAUAAAAGCCUUUUAAAAGUACUAUUUAAUAAACAUUAUAGUAGA